UCCUUCAGUUUCCCGAGAAAACUCCUCCAUUUUGUCUCUCUGUCAAAAUAUUCAGUCGCCCCACUUUCUCACCAGGGCUUUUUCAAUAAUCAAGAGACAGAAUCGAAGGGGGGAGCGAGAUUCGAGUGGGUUUUUAGUCAUGGGGAAGGUAACUGUGUGCGCGGCGGCGGUGUUGGCGGCGGCGGCGUGCGCGGCGGCUACGCUGGUGGUGCGCCACCGCAUGAGAAGCUCGGGGAGGUGGGCGAAGGCGGUGGCGAUACUGAGGGAGCUGGAGGAGCAGUGUGGGACCCCUAUUGGGAAGCUGAGGCAGGUCGCCGACGCCAUGGCCGUCGAGAUGCACGCAGGCCUCGCCUCCGAAGGCGGCAGCAAGCUCAAGAUGAUCAUUAGCUUCGUCGACAGUCUCCCUACAGGAGAUGAGAAAGGUUUGUUUUACGCAUUGGAUCUUGGUGGCACAAAUUUCCGUGUCCUGCGUGUACUGUUGAGUGGGAAAGACAAGCCUGUUAAACAAGAAUGUGAAGAAGUUUCUAUCCCUCCUCAUUUGAUGGUGGGGUCUUCAGAUGCAUUAUUUGGUUUUAUUGCCGAAGCACUCAAGAAAUUUGUUGAUACGGAAGCUGGAGAUUUCUAUCCUCCGCCUGGUAGGCAAAGAGAGCUAGGUUUCACCUUCUCAUUCCCUGUCAGGCAGUCAUCAAUUGCAUCAGGAAGUCUUAUUAAAUGGACCAAAGGCUUCUCUAUUGAAGAUGCGGUUGGACAAGACGUUGUGGGGGAGUUGACAAGAGCCAUGGAAAGUGUAGGUCUUGAUCUGCGUGUGGCUGCUCUGGUCAAUGAUACCAUUGGAACACUAGCAGGAGGCAGAUAUGACAACCCAGAUGUCAUUGCUGCUGUGAUUUUGGGUACUGGAACCAAUGCAGCGUAUGUGGAGCGGGUGCAUGCAAUUCCAAAAUGGCAGGGUCUUCUGCCCAAAUCAGGAGAAAUGGUCAUCAACAUGGAAUGGGGCAACUUCCGUUCAUCUCAUCUCCCACUUACAGAAUAUGAUCAAGCAAUGGAUGCUGAGAGCUUGAACCCCGGUGAACAGAUUUACGAGAAGAUGAUUUCUGGCAUGUACUUGGGAGAAAUUUUACGCAAAGUUCUGUGCAGGAUUGCUGAAGAGGCUGCCAUUUUUGGUGAUGCUGUGCCCCCAAAGCUUAAAAUUCCAUUUAUAUUAAGGACCCCUGAUAUGUCUGCAAUGCAUCACGACGCAUCUUCUGAUCUCAAAGUCAUUGGAAGCAAGUUAAAGGAUGUCCUGGAGAUAUCUAACACUUCCCUAAAAACAAGAAAACUAGUGGUUGAGCUCUGUGACAUCGUCGCUGUUCGCGGAGCCCGUCUUGCGGCAGCUGGGAUUUUAGGCAUCCUCAAGAAACUGGGUAAAGACACAGUGAAGCCCGGGGAGAAGCAGAGGUCAGUGAUAGCCUUGGACGGUGGGCUUUUUGAGCACUACACGAAGUUCAGAAAUGCCAUGGAGAGCACCCUCAAGGAGUUGAUGGGCGACGCAUCCGAAUCUGUUGUCAUCGUGCAUUCCAACGACGGUUCAGGCAUCGGGGCUGCCCUCCUCGCCGCCUCAAACUCCCAGUAUCUGGAGGUUGAGGAAUCCUAACAAAGUGUACUUCUGGUAAAGGGGGUUUUGAAUGUUUUAGUCAUUGUAUAUUUUCUCCUUCAAAGACAUGGUGCUAGCAAACCCUUUAUUUAAGGUUCAUGCAUCGAGCUGUUGCCUGUUUGGUUUUUUUUUUUUUUUUGUUUCCCUGGGUCUGAAAGGUGUAUUGUUACUAGUGAACUAUUCCAUUUUCUCAUUAGACAAGACGAAUAAAAGUGAGGGAUUGAGGAUGUUUUUCUCAAA